ACAGAUUGUGCAACUUCCUGGCUGUUGUUCGACUCUCCUAAGAAAAAUAAACGCUUCAAACACGUUUAAAAGCGUUCAGAUUUUAAACUCGUUGUUGGAUAACAUGUUUAUUUAGAAUGUCAUCCACUGUGAGGCUUUUUGUAGCAAGUUUAAGAGGCUAAAUAUUAGCCACGUGAUCUAGCUACAUUUGCACUGUCACUGCUGAUAUGUCGAGAGUUUUAUGCUCCGUUUCGCAGUUAAGGAAGUGUUCUUUGGAGUUUCUUGUUGCGGCCGUGCUCGCUCCUUUACGGUAGUAGUGGUACUGAUGCGGGAUGAGUCAGGCUAUAUGAUGCUGCUCCUCCCGCUGCCAUUUCAUCAGCAGCCAAAAGCUACAAACACUCAGCAAACACAGAAGUGAUACGGUGGGAUUCCCCCUCCUUUCUCCACGUCCGACGGGUCCAGGCAGAAACAGCUGCCGAAAAGAAGAACAACGGACUCGGGAAGCACGUGAGAGUGAAAUCCGGUGUGUUUUUAAAGCUGCACCUGCUCUGAAUGCGUUUUUUCUUCAGCGGGCCUGGCACUGGGACACAAUUAGCCCUUGACUCCGGGGCCCAGCUUUGGCUACAUCUGUUUUGUGUUCGAGUUUCAGGUUAAACAUCGAGUGUUUUGCUUUUAUCGUUUAUUUUUUGACGCCGUGAUCUCGCUGCACCCCGAGCAUCGAUCCAGCCAGACUAGUCGGAGCCAUGGAGCCGGCCUCAUCCAGGUCCUGAUCGGCGUAAAGAAGAGCAACAACCAGGGCCUAAAGCGAAGUCCUCUCUUGCUUUAAACAGGCUCCGUCUCCUCACAAUCAGAGCUCACUCACGCUCGUGCUUCUCCAACACACCAGACUGACCGACACGGCCGUGGGGGGGAAGCCUUCGAGUCAUGGAGGCGAUAUGGCUCUAUCAGUUCCGGCUCAUCGUCAUCGGGGACUCCACUGUGGGAAAGUCGUGUCUAAUCCGGCGGUUCACCGAGGGGCGCUUCGCACAGGUGUCCGACCCCACCGUUGGCGUGGAUUUCUUCUCCCGGCUGGUAGAGAUCGAGCCUGGAAAGAGGAUCAAGCUGCAGAUCUGGGACACAGCGGGCCAGGAGCGCUUCAGAUCUAUUACCAGAGCUUACUACCGUAACUCUGUGGGCGGACUCCUUCUCUUCGACAUUACCAACCGCCGCUCCUUUCAGAAUGUCCACGACUGGCUGGAGGAGGCCCGCAGCCACGUCCAGCCUCACAGUAUCGUUUUCCUGUUGGUGGGUCACAAGUGUGACCUGGAGGCACAGCGCCAGGUGACUCGGCAAGAAGCAGAGAAGCUGGCAGGGGCAUAUGGGAUGCGCUACAUCGAGACGUCGGCCCGCGACGCCAUCAACGUGGAGCACGCCUUCACCGAGCUGACCAGAGAGAUCUUUGCCUUGGUGAGGUCAGGCGACAUCACGAUCCAGGAGGGCUGGGAAGGUGUGAAGAGUGGCUUUGUCCCUAAUGUGGUCCAUUCAUCAGAGGAGGUGACCAAGAGUGAUCGUCGUUGUCUCUGCUGAUCUGGAAACUGGCCAAACGAUGGAGAGAGAAGGUUUAUAGAGGGGUGGAAUAUUGAAAGGGGUGGUGAGGCAGACAGACUGACGUGUUGACUUGCUGGCUGAGACUGUCGGUAACCCCUUUGGUUGUUCUUCCUUCAGAAUGGACGCAAAUAUGGACAUGUGAGGAGUUUCAAAUUGCCGGUUUAAGGUAUAGACAGACACGGUAAACUUGGAUGAGGUAUCGUGUCCAUUUCUGUUUAUUUCUUAGGAUUAUUUUCAUUUGGGGGCUCUCUUUGGUUUUGUUACGGGUUCACAUUCCUCGAAAGACUCACAAAAGGCCUUAGAAAUAGGGUCUAUUUUUGUUCUACAUUUAAGUAUAAAACUCUAUUUUAUCUUCUCCCAUCUACACUAUAUGCAAUGUUGUGAUCACAGAAGGCAAUCCCAUCCAUUUUUUGUACGAAGAAAAACAAAAUCAGUGUCCUUAGAUUAAACUCCUUCUGGUAAAGUGGUCUUACUCCACAUUCCCAAACUCAACAGAGUAAUCCUAAAUUUCACAACUACUCCUUACUGGACCUGUGAUUCUCUUGUCACUUUACUUCUCUUUGGAGCAAUUUAGACCUCCAGUCGAUGUCUGUUGUUCUGUUAAACGUCACUAAAACAACACUGUCACCGUAAAGGACUCUUACAGCUGGUAGAGAAGUGUACAGAUUAACUGGACACAGAGGACUUGUGGGCUCAACUAACUAAACUUCUAACUUCUACUGGACAUAAGUUGGAAAGGGUGGACCUGGAGAGCACCUUAACAGCCAAAUCUGAAGUGUAAAGCCUCGGUUGGGGCAUUUGAAGAAAGGAAGUAAAAAAUAAAUUAAUUAAAAAAACAUUUUGACUAUUAUAAAGAGAUGGGCCACAUCAAAUAAAGGGAUGCUUGAUGAACGGACUUCACAUAACCAACAAAACACGUGUCGGACUGAAGGAAGAGAACCCAGUAGACCCUGUGCACGUUAGCAAUUGCUACUUCCGGUUUAUAAACCUUGGCUUGCACCUACGGUUCCGGUUGUCGCCACAGCGCCAUCAAAAUGGAUGGAGCCUGCAGCGAACUGUACGUCUCAAGAUGCCUUGGAAAUUUACCGAGAAUUUCAGUGGACGAUGUUCAUCGCAUUGUAAAUGACUUUUCAUCUGCUCCACAAAGUAAGACUAGGUUCAGUUGACCACCUAACUAUCCAAUACAUGCAAAGGCACACUACAUGUGUACAUCAUUUAAUGCAAGUAGUUUACUUUGCUUUUAUAUCUGUGCAAAUGUAAUGUCAUACACAAAUUUUAUUCAUAGUUUUAUGAACCCCAACUCUAUAAAUGGAUGUAACAACAGCGUACGGUGCACAAUGUCAAACAAGAGCAGACUUGCGGGUGAGAACUAUUUUAGUCUCCAGUUUCAAACUUCUCAACUGUCUUCAUUUGAUGACUAUAUUUCAAAAUGUAUUCCUACCCAAAUGAUGUGGAAUUAAAGUCAUAAUGCUACAUAACCCCGUCA